AUGACAGAUCAGGAUCCAGAAGGACAAGCACAUGCAAACGAACGACGACCCAGCUUGGCACGCCUAGCAAGCAGGAGACGAUCAUCAGCAGCGACUUCAGAGCGACCCCGAACCGCACACCAGCAGGGUACCUUUAGCCCCGAGAGUGCAUUGGCCGACAUCGAGAAAGGCGACGCGGAGAAACGAGGCAUGGAGCCUUACGAGACUACGGGUCAUACGCCCGAGAAAAGGGACUAUUCAGACGAAGAGUCUUCAGACUACAAGGCGGACCAGGCCAUUGCGACUCUUGCCCGGAGCCUUACCAAGCAGUCAACAUGGAGUCAGAUCCCAUCGAAUCCAUUCCACGCGGAGAAGGAUUCUGAGUUGGAUCCCAUGGGACCCAACUUCAAAGCACGAUCAUUUGUGAAGAGCAUGAUGAAGCUCAAUCGUGAAGACGGCCGGACACCUGUUCGAACAGGUGGUGUUGCUUUCCGAAACCUCAACGUGUACGGGUUCGGUGCUGCUACUGACUACCAGAAGAACGUUGGAAACAUCCUAUUGGAGGUGGUCGGCUAUGCGAAGAAGAUGCUUGGCAUGAGCAAGCCCCGACGGAUCGACAUCCUUCGCGACUUUGAAGGAAUCGUCGAGAGCGGAGAGAUGCUCGUCGUGCUCGGUCCACCUGGUUCUGGUUGUUCGACGUUUCUCAAAUCACUUACUGGCGAAACGCAUGGAUUCGAAAUCGAGCCCGACUCGUAUCUCAACUACCAAGGCAUUCCCGCCAAACACAUGCACAAAUACUUCCGUGGUGAAGCCAUUUACACUGCCGAGGUGGAUGUGCAUUUUCCAAUGCUCUCGGUUGGCGACACCUUGACCUUCGCCGCUCGUGCGCGAGCACCCAGGCAAAUACCGGGUGGUGUCAGCAAGAAUGAAUUCUCUGAACAUCUUCGAAACGCUGUGAUGGCAACCUUCGGCAUCAGCCAUACGGUCAACACUCGCGUUGGUAACGAUUUCAUUCGUGGCGUGUCUGGUGGGGAGCGAAAACGUGUCACUAUCGCGGAAGCAGCUUUGAGUGGUGCACCUUUGCAAGCAUGGGACAAUUCUACUCGUGGUCUCGACUCAGCAAACGCUAUCGAGUUCUGUAAGACUCUUCGACUCAGCGCCGAGCUCGCUGGAAGCGCCGCCAUGGUUGCCAUCUACCAAGCCCCACAGUCCGCCUACGACCAGUUCGAUAAGGCGAUCGUUCUCUACGAAGGUCGUCAGAUCUUCUUCGGUCGAUGUGACGAGGCGAGAGCAUACUUCGAGAACAUGGGUUUCCAGUGUCCGGACCGACAAACCACUGCCGACUUCUUGACCUCCAUGACAUCUCCCCAGGAACGUGUUGUCAAGCCUGGUUACGAGGAUCGUGUACCGCGAACACCCGACGACUUCGCUACCGUCUGGAAGAAUAGCCCUGAGCGAAAGCAGCUCCUUCAGGACAUUGAAGCAUAUGAGCAACGAUUCCCAUUCGAAGGCGAGGCCUACCAAAAGUUCGUCGAAAGCCGCAAGGCACAACAGUCAAAGCAGCAACGACUCAAGUCGCCUUACACAUUGUCGUACACUCAGCAGGUGAACCUGUGUCUUUGGCGUGGAUUCCGCCGGUUGGUCGGUGCGCCUGAGCUCACUCUCACUCAGUUGUUUGGUAACUUUGCGAUGGCUCUUAUCCUGGGGUCAGUCUUCUUCAACAUGAGAAUGGACACCGACUCGUUCUUUCAGCGUGGAGCUGUUCUGUUCUUCGCUGUCCUCAUCAACGCCUUCGGAUCUGCUUUGGAAAUCUUGACACUCUACGCCCAACGACCGAUUGUCGAAAAGCACGACCGUUACGCCCUGUACCAUCCAUCUGCCGAAGCCUUCGCAUCUAUGCUUACGGACAUGCCGUACAAGAUUUUAAAUGCCAUCAUCUUCAACAUUACGCUGUACUUCAUGGUCAAUCUGCGACGCGAUGCCGGGGCCUUCUUCUUUUUCCUGUUCAUCAGCUUUCUCACGACGCUAACGAUGAGUAUGCUGUUCCGAACGAUCGCCUCCGUCUCACGUACGCUGUCACAGGCCAUGGCCCCAGCCGCUAUCAUCAUCCUGGCUAUUGUCAUCUUCACCGGAUUCGCCAUCCCCACCAACUACAUGCUUGGCUGGUGCAGAUGGAUAAACUACAUUGAUCCUGUUGCGUACGGAUUCGAGUCACUACUGAUCAACGAGUUCUCUGGCCGGGAUUACACUUGCAGCUUGGCGUCACUUGUGCCUCCAUACGGUAGCCUUUCGGAUCAGUCCCAAGUCUGCACAGCAGUUGGCUCUCGAGCAGGCCAGAACUUCGUUGCUGGAACAUCAUAUAUCGAGUCUGAUUACCUGUACUAUCCGUCGCACAAAUGGAGGAACGUUGGCAUCAUCAUCGCGUUCAUGAUCUUCUUCAUGUGCUGCUACUUGGCAGCCACCGAGUUAAUCAGCGCCAAGAAGUCCAAGGGCGAGGUUCUUGUCUUCCAGAGAGGCCACGUUCCCGCUGUACUGAAGGAGAAGAAGAAGGACGAGGAAUCACUUGAAACCUCGCGCAAUGAUUCGAAUGCUCUUGCCCGGAAAGAGAGCUACGUCGAAGCGUCCGAUAUCAUUUUGAAGCAAACUGCCAUCUUCAGCUGGAAGGACGUCUGUUACGACAUCAAAAUCAAGAGCGAGGAGCGAAGAAUCUUGGACCACGUUGAUGGAUGGGUCAAGCCUGGCACCCUCACUGCCCUCAUGGGUGUAUCUGGUGCCGGUAAGACGACUCUUCUUGACGUGCUCGCUACUCGUGUCACUAUGGGUGUCAUCUCAGGUGACAUGCUUGUCGACGGACUCCAGCGCGAUUCCUCCUUCCAGCGCAAGACUGGAUAUGUUCAGCAACAAGAUCUUCACCUCCAAACGUCGACGGUCAGAGAAGCAUUAAACUUCAGUGCUCUCCUGCGUCAGCCAAAGAGCACACCUACCAAGGAAAAGGUGGCAUACGUCGACGAAGUCAUCAAGCUCCUGGACAUGGAGGAGUACGCUGAUGCCGUAGUUGGUGUUCCUGGAGAAGGCUUGAACGUCGAGCAGCGCAAGCGCUUGACUAUUGGUGUCGAACUCGCAGCCAAGCCUGAGCUCUUACUUUUCCUCGACGAGCCUACAUCUGGACUGGACUCUCAAACAUCCUGGGCUAUUUGCGAUCUCAUGGAGAAGCUUAAGAACUCGGGUCAGGCUAUUCUUUGCACCAUUCACCAGCCUUCCGCCAUGCUCUUCCAGCGUUUCGAUCGUCUUCUCUUCCUUGCGAAGGGGGGCAGGACUGUCUACUUUGGUCAGAUUGGCGAGAACUCUCGCAUCUUGGCUGACUACUUCGAGCGCAACGGAGGGCCCAAAUGUCCUCACGAUGCCAAUCCGGCAGAAUGGAUGCUUGAGGUCAUCGGAGCCGCACCAGGAUCGCAUACAGACAAGGACUGGCACGAAAUUUGGCGUAACAGCCCCGAAUACCGGGAGACCCAAGAGCACCUCGAGUACCUCAAGAGCGAGCGACCCAAGGAGGCUCCCCCAUCAGCGGCAUCAAACGACAAGGAGAGCUACCGCGAAUUCGCAGCACCAUUUGGUCAACAGUUGAUGGAAGUCACAACUCGUGUGUUCCAACAAUACUGGCGCACACCCUCCUACAUCUACUCCAAGACGGCUUUGUGUCUCUUCUCGGCGCUUUUCAUCGGAUUCAUCUUCUACAACGCCCCGCUCACGCACCAAGGUUUGCAGAACCAAAUGUUCAGCAUCUUCAUGGUCUUCACCAUCUUUGGACAGCUCGUGCAACAGAUCAUGCCGCAUUUCGUUACCCAGCGCUCUCUGUACGAGGUCCGUGAACGCCCGUCCAAGACCUACAGCUGGCAAGCAUUCAUGAUCUCCAAUAUCGUGGUCGAACUUCCGUGGAACGCGCUGAUGGCCGUCAUCAUGUUCUUCUGCUACUACUACCCCGUUGGCCUGUACAACAACGCCGGCUCGUCCCUCCACGAGCGAGGAGCACUCUUCUUCCUCUUCAUGCUCGAGUUCCUCCUCUUCACCUCCUCCUUCACCAACAUGAUCAUCGCCGGCAUGGACUCCGCCGAGACAGGUGGCAACAUCGCCAACUUGAUGUUCUCCCUCUGUCUCAUCUUCUGUGGUGUCCUCGCCACGCCAAACACCCUCCCCGGUUUCUGGAUCUUCAUGUACCGCGUUAGCCCCUUCACGUACCUCGUGGGCGGAUUCCUCGCCACCGGCCUCGCCAACACCGAUGUCAACUGCGCCGACAACGAGUUCGUCACCAUGGAGCCUGGUCGACCCGAUCAGACCUGCAUCCAGUACAUGGGCGAGUACAUCGACAGCGUCGGUGGCUAUCUCGCCAACAACGAGUCGACGUCCAACUGCCAAUACUGCACCUACGGCAACAGCAACACGUUCUUGACCAGUGUCAGCAUUUCGUACGACGACCGGUGGAGGAACUUUGGAAUCCUGUGGGCGUUUAUCAUCUUUAAUAUCUGUGCCGCGGUGUUCUUUUACUGGCUCGUGCGGGUGCCGAAGAACAAGGGGAAGAAGAAGGAUAAGAAGGAAUAG